AGAACGCCGGCCCCGAUUGAUUACGCUCACGCAAGCUGCGCGUUCAAGGCCACUUCAAAAGUGCCCUAGCGCUUAUCCAGACGGUUUGGCCCUGCUGUUUUGCUUUGCGCAUGCACUCUUGCCACUCGCUCCCUGGAGCCCAGGUAGAAGAUCCGAGGCGCGCGCCUACGGCCCUCGCAUCGACAGCUUACUGCGCUAGCACUGCUACCUUCCGCCCGUAUGCCCCUGUCGCUACUGCUGAAGCGACUUCCCCGCUUCUAUCCAUCCGAGCAGUUGUUUGCAAGGCAUGCAGCUCAAUCGCGCCCGACCUGGGCGCCUACGCGGGGCCUUCGAAUCGGGCUGCAUGGCUGCAUGGGGCCGCGCGCGAUGGUCCUUAGCGCCCCGAUGCACUACUUAAGCAGGCCCCGCCCAGAGCUUGGCUUAAGCCUAAAGCUUCUUACUCCCAACAACACUCCACAAACACAAGUACCGUUGGUACGCAGGUCAUUAAGCCUCGCGUCACCCCCGGUUAGCAGACUCCCCUUUCGCUCCCCUUCUCUUCUCCGUAUCCAGUCCCUUCGCAACCAUGCGUGAGGUCAUCUCCAUCCACAUCGGCCAGGCCGGUAUCCAGGUGGGCAAUGCCUGCUGGGAGCUUUACUGCCUGGAGCACGGCAUCCAGCCUGAUGGCCAGAUGCCCUCCGACAAGACCAUUGGCGGUGGCGACGAUGCCUUCAACACCUUCUUCUCGGAGACCGGUGCCGGCAAGCACGUGCCCCGUUGCAUCUUCCUGGACCUGGAGCCCACCGUGGUGGAUGAGGUCCGCACCGGCACCUACCGCCAGCUGUUCCACCCCGAGCAGCUGAUCUCCGGCAAGGAGGAUGCCGCCAACAACUUCGCCCGCGGCCACUACACCAUCGGCAAGGAGAUUGUCGACCUGGCCCUGGACCGCAUCCGCAAGCUGGCCGACAACUGCACCGGUCUGCAGGGCUUCCUGGUGUUCAACGCCGUCGGCGGUGGCACCGGCUCCGGCCUGGGCUCCCUGCUGCUGGAGCGCCUGUCGGUGGACUACGGCAAGAAGUCCAAGCUGGGCUUCACCGUCUACCCCUCGCCCCAGGUGUCGACCGCCGUCGUCGAGCCCUACAACUCGGUGCUGUCCACCCACUCCCUGCUGGAGCACACCGAUGUCGCCGUGAUGCUCGACAACGAGGCCAUCUACGACAUCUGCCGCCGCUCCCUGGACAUUGAGCGCCCCACCUACACCAACCUGAACCGCCUGAUCGCCCAGGUCAUCUCGUCGCUGACCGCCUCGCUGCGCUUCGACGGUGCCCUGAACGUGGAUAUCACCGAGUUCCAGACCAACCUGGUGCCCUACCCCCGCAUCCACUUCAUGCUCAGCUCGUACGCGCCCAUCAUCUCGGCUGAGAAGGCGUACCACGAGCAGCUGUCGGUGGCCGAGAUCACCAACGCCGCCUUCGAGCCCGCCAGCAUGAUGGUCAAGUGCGACCCCCGCCACGGCAAGUACAUGGCCUGCUGCCUGAUGUACCGCGGUGACGUGGUGCCCAAGGACGUCAACGCCUCGGUGGCCACCAUCAAGACCAAGCGCACCAUCCAGUUCGUCGACUGGUGCCCCACCGGCUUCAAGUGCGGCAUCAACUACCAGCCCCCCACCGUCGUGCCCGGCGGUGACCUGGCCAAGGUGCAGCGCGCCGUGUGCAUGAUCUCCAACAGCACUGCCAUCGGCGAGAUCUUCAGCCGCCUGGACCACAAGUUCGACCUGAUGUACGCCAAGCGUGCCUUCGUGCACUGGUACGUCGGUGAGGGCAUGGAGGAGGGUGAGUUCUCCGAGGCCCGUGAGGACCUGGCUGCCCUGGAGAAGGACUUCGAGGAGGUCGGUGCCGAGUCCGCCGAGGGCGCCGGCGAGGGCGAGGGUGAGGAGUACUAGAGUAUUCCCGCACUCCAACCCACGAGCUAGCAUGUGAGCGUGUCCUGUGCGGCGUGAUCUGAGGCUUCGUUGGAAAAGCGUAGCGUUGUGGCUGUACUUAUGCUAGCUUGGUCAAAUGAUGAUGACGACUGCAAGUGACACUCAUGGGUCGUGAACAUCCACGAACGUGCCUCUAUUGGCUUGCUGUAAAGGAUGAGAAGAAAGCCAGGGACGUGUCUUGUCAGGGCUGGGGCGGGGACUUGGGUUGGAAGGGCACUGCAGCAGCACAGUUCGGAUUCGGGCACAGCAGCAAGGGUGUGAGAGUCAACAGCAGUGGGCCAGCCUCGUUCGGUAUUGUAUGGCCUGGGAUGGUCUAAUGGAGUAACGCCGGGGCCGGCCGGGCGGAACGCAUCUGGAGGCGCUGAGGUGCGCGGAGGGCCGGAGGCACGCAACAUAUGGCAUGUUCAGAUGCCGCCACACAAGACAUGUUGCACGCAUGCCCCGGUUCACCGCCAUGUGGCAUCGUGCGGCUUAUACUGUGGGUGUGCGGCACAUGUUCAUGUAGGAAGCUCGUACGUGUCCCCAGAGUCGCAGCGCCUGCACUCCCGUUAGGCUCCACUGGUCCCGCUGUGCUGCGUGCAGUGUGCGGAUUGGUAACACGCGGGUCGUAUCUUGUUUUUGGGGUAAUGUCUAGCUCCAGACAAAAACGGCCGGGUGGCCGCCGUCUUUUGUCUGGGCACAUGGCGGUUUGAGGGCUUCUCCAUAGGAACUCGGACAAAACCCG